UAUCAAGUGAUACAACGUGAUUUCUCCGCACAAGGCGUGCAAGUUGCAUUAAAAAAUGGAACCACGCUAUUUUAUGGGGUCGGCGGUCCUUACACAAUGGAUGGUGCCGAGAAUAUCAUGGUCGGUGAUGUCUGGGUCUUGGCUGGCCAAAGCAACAUGAGAGGUUUCGCCUACUUCAAGGAUCCAUGGACCCACAAGGACACUGAAAAACUGAUUCACGACAAGACCUUUCAUUUAUUUGACAUGACCGAAAAUUGGUCGGUUGCAAAAGAUCCUGUCCAUGAAUUAUCCAAAUCUAUUCGAAAUGUCAAUUAUAAUAUUCAAGACGGCACUGUCACCAAUCCAGAACUUCCCUUGAUUCGUGGGGGAUCGUUGGCCCUUUCUUUUGCAAAAAAGUAUCAAGAGUUGAUCGAAAAGGAUGUCGGCAAGAAGGUGCCUGUUGGCUUGAUCGCAAGUGCUCAUGGUGGUGUUACGCUGGACCAGUGGAGUCCGACUUUACUAAGAGACUCAAGUCAAUGGAAGAAUGAUACAUUGUAUGGUGCCAUGUUGGGUAGAAUUGAGGCUAGUGGAUCAAACAAAAUUGCCGGUAUCUUGUGGUAUCAAGGAGAGUCAGACACACGUAAUAUCACACUUGCAUCCACUUACAAGACCCGCAUGAAAUCCUGGAUUGAUCAUGCACGUACAGAUUUAAAUAGUAGUAACUUAAAUGUUGUACAAGUCCAAAUUGCCAGAGAGUUAGCAGAUGGUAAUUAUGACCUUGGUUGGAGUCUGGUGCGGGCUGCUCAAGCUGCCUUGAUUGAUAAGAAUGUUGCCACGGUCUCAAGUGUGGAUUGUCCAUUGGAUGAUCGUAUUCAUCUCAGUCUAAAGGGUCAGUAUAUGAUGGGUGAUCGUGUGGCUAUUGCAGCGCAUGCAGUCAUGAACAACAAGGGAACUAUGGUGAGCCCCUACAUUCAAUCUGUGGAGUAUGAGAAGGGAAAUACUUCGCGCCCGCCUGCUUUAAGACUUACAUUUGGAAAUGUGUCCUCGUUUAAGAAGGUAGAGGCACCACAAGGAUUUAGCUUACAUAAUACUGAAACGGGUAUUGAAGAAGCAAUCAUUUUUAAAACCGCAAUCUAUGGUAGCACUGUUCGCAUAUUGUUAGCAAGCGAAAUUGGAAACAAAACGUUGGAUUUGUAUUAUGGGUAUGGAAAGAAUCCGAUCAGUAAUAUAGUAUCUACCGGUGGUAUGGGUUUAUUAACGUUU